AUGACUUCAGAUCUCUGUGAAGAAGAUGUAGUCGUACGAUUAUCUUCACCUCAUAUAAUAUCAUCAGAGACGAUAGUACCAGCUGCUAGUAAUGUAGGCGGUGGAAGGAUACAGACUGGUGGAGUGGAGUUGGGUCGCAGAUUGCUCCUGGCAGCCAGAGCAGGAGACACCGCUACUGUACUUGAUCUUAUGGCCAAAGGUGCACCAUUUACUACCGAUUGGCUGGGUACAUCACCGUUACAUCUUGCCGCUGCUAACAACCACGUAGAGACAUGCGGUGUGUUGCUUAGGGCAGGUGUAUCACGAGAUGCUCGGACUAAAGUUGAACGAACUCCGUUACACUUGGCGGCACACGCUGGACAUGCUGCUGUAGUAGCACUACUGCUUGAUCAUGGAGCUAUGGUUGACUGUCGCGACAUGCUCCACAUGACUCCUCUCCACUGGGCGAGUGCUCGCGGCCACGUGUCAGUAGUCCGUGAGCUAGUGUGUCGCGGCGCGGAUCUGCUCGCUCGAUGUAAGUUCAAGAAGACGCCCCGCUGCCUCGCAGUACGAGCCGGCGCCACUGACGUGAUGGCAGUACUCGACCAAGCGGCUAAAGAACACGGACUACAAGAGGUCAGACAGCCGUCCAAAGCAAAACCUCCGGAGAAGACUAUCGUUAUAGAAUCUAAGACUGAGCCGGCGCCGGGUUUGUCCGGGGCUGCGUUACUUCGCGCGCAUGGAAUCACCUUGCUACCGCGAGAUAGAGGUUCCACUGUACUCAGCGCAUUAAGAAGCGGACGAACCGUCGUAUUAUCAGAUGCUGGCAAGCUGAUGUUGAAGGAGAGCAACGCACCAGUGAUGGUAGCUACCAGCGGCUCUGUUGACGCGAGCAACAACAACAACACAAACACAGCCAACAACAGUCAGUCAAGCUUGACCACUAACAUAGUGACCAGUUCAAACAUGACCGAGACUAAAGGAGUCAUGAUCAAAGCGAGGUCACUCAACACUAUCAAAAGCGUCAAAGGAUUACAAAUGCUCUCCGUUAAUAAAUCAGAUCAUACUGUGAAGAAAGUCAUUAGUUCACAUGACUUACAGAAAGUUAAGUUACUCGGCGUCAAAGAGAACAAGUCACCCCGCCGACCAGCUCUUAAGAUUCUUCUCAACAAAGCAAACCUUACACGACUUUUGGCAAAUACUAGUAAUGCUGCUACCACCAACAACACACAGAUAUCUAUUGAGCCGUCCAAUGAGUUGAGUGAGUCAUCAGUUCGUAGCGAGGUGAGAGAUAUAGUAAUGGAGGAUGCGUCGGAGUCAUCUCUAAGAGUUCAGUUACAACAAGCACACGCCGCGCUCGCCAGCCUGGCCGCUGAACUAACACACUGUAAGGCUAAACUGGCCAAGUAUGAACAAACACAUUGA